AUGGUUAAUUUUCGCUUAUUUGCAUAUCUAACAACAACGAUAGUGACAUCACCGCUAUUGCUACCGCCAUCACCACCACUAUCACCACUAUUACCAACGUCCCAACCACUACUACCACCCUGCUACCACUACUGUUACUAUCCGAUCCUAACAUCAGUGAUGUACAACAAUCCUGCUUGUGCUCAAUCAAAUACUACUACUACUAUUACUUCCGUUCCUACCACAUUUUCUGACUAUUCCACUUAUAUCCCUUAUGCCAUUAAUCCUAUUAAUGAUCGUACCGUAAUGAGUUCCUAUUAUGGUGGUGCACAUCCAAGCCAAAGUACGGCUUAUCGAAGUUACUUAAAACUUGAUAUCAGCCCUGCAUUUUAUAAACGAUCCAGAACUGUGCCAACACGAAUUGUACCGCCGAAAAUUCACAAAAUGGUGUAUACGAAACGAAAUCGUGGUUAUGCGGCCGAUCCAUAUUUCUUUGAUCUAAGAGAAUAUAGAAGCUUUUCUGGUCCUUGGAAAGAUGCUAGAAGAUGGCCAAUGUAUCGAAAAAAGAAAGGAUCUUCUGGCCGGAUACAUACAUAUCAGGAAUCGGAGUUUGGUGGCAGUCCAAUCGAUCAACAACCUCGUUACUACCAUGGAUUGUACAGAGUGCAAUUGGAUAUGCAACCUACAGCACUGAGACGAAUACGACCGUACUAUGCGCCAAGUUAUGCAACCUAUCCGCCAAGUAUAAUGAAUGCGGUAAGAACAAAGGAGGAGAAGUACGGCCAACGAUAUUCCAUUAUGAUGAGAAUUACUGUUAAGGCGAUCGAAUUGUUGCUUGGAGCUGUCACAAUAGGACUUAUAGUUGCUCCAAUGCGUGAAAUGUCCAUUUAUGGAUUUGUCAAAAUGACCGAAACCGAAUGGCAAGCUUUGGUACUGGGCAUUUCCGCAUCUUUCUCGGCGCUGUCCCUUGUUAUGUUAUUCGGUGCCUCUUUGGGUUAUCGAUAUGUGUUGUGGCGAAGAUUUGACUAUCUAAUCAGCUUAACUGGUUCAUUCGGUCAUUUAUUUAUUGGGGCUAUAGAAGUAUAUUAUGCGACAUGUCCCAAUGGUGGAAAAAUUGGUUUAGUUUGUUAUAGGCUAGAAUGGAUUGUUGCAAGUGCGCUAAUAUUCAUCAACGUUAUUGUGUAUAUUAUAGAUUGUGUUCUAUCAUUCCGAACAGGAAUUAGCAUGUUGUGA